AUGCUCUGCUCAACGUGCAUGCUCGUGCUUGGGUUGGCGGCUGCUGCGUUUGCGCAAGAGUCGAGCUACACAGGACCAGCGUUCAACCCCUCAGAAGCGCCGUACUUCGACUACAACUCUCUCGUCAUCCCCACACAAACCACUCUUCCGGCUAUCCAACCCACAGAUGCGUUCAGCAUGGCUACCACAAUCUCUGGAAUACUCCUCCCAACAACACCAUUAUCGCGUUCGUCCGCAGCUACGUCACGUUCCUCCAGUCAUUCUUCGAGCCACUCCGCUUCAUCGUCAGCAUCUUCGAGCGCAUCAAGGCUGGCGAGCAGUACUGUGAGCUCGGCACCUACUUCCGCGUCAACAUCGGCGGCUGCGCAACAGAGUACUGCAGCUGCUGUUGCGAACCGUGCUGGUGUGGUGGGUGCUGUGGCUGGAGGAUUGCUCGCUGGGCUGGCACUGGCUUGA